ACCCUCCCUUGCCUGUGCCACUUCGCUGUUCUCCUUCAACAAGCACCAAAUCCCCUUUCCGGACCAUCAACUGUGCCGUUGCGCCUUGCCCAUCCCAGUAAACAGACCAUGUCAUGAUUGUGAUAUACGUCGCCAAGACACUGUCAUCCGGAUAUCGUUACAUCACCGAUCGGAUGAGCCAUGAAGUUCGCCCAUGACUUUAAAGAGACGCUCAGGCGUGAAGACUUUCCAUCUCACUGGAUCGACCUCGCCAUUCCAUACGGCCAGUUGAAGAAGGUUCUCAAACGCGUCGCCCGCGAACUCAAUGAUCUGGGGCUUGAUCCUGAGACUUUGCGCCAACUGCUCGACCCGGCCGAUGAUUCGCCACUGGCCGCGAAAUACCGCCUCAAUGCCGCCGGUAACUCCAAAUUACUGAGGCCCAAGCUGACCGUUUUGGUCCACAUGCGCGAUGGAAACGCCGUUGAUGCCUCGUUGGCGCCGGCGUCUCGUAAUCUUAUCGAACGCAUCGCCGCUUUGCAGUCCCAUGACCCUGACGAAGGUUUCUUGGCGCCAUUGAAAGAGCCCGGUUCGACCUCGGUGCUCAUCUCAUCCGCCGAGUCUCUUGCCAAUGCUGAGAUCGAGCUAUCAGACACCCAGAGCGGUGAUGAGGAUCACGGCCACGCGGCCCCUGUAGAGCAUUUUGAGCGCAUCGAGGUUCCGCUCGUAUUUGAUAGCGAGUUCUUUGGUAUCCUGCAAAGCGACGUCAAUAACCUUGAUGCCCUUCAAGCUAAGGAGGAAAAGGCCAUGGUGACUGAAAUCGUCGCCCUGCGCCAGGAAGUUUCCCAUCUGACGAAACCCAGCCGCCUCUCCAAGAGCGAUCUUGCAAGGUGGAGGGCUAUUUUCGAACUCUAUCUCGAUGCACAGGUCUUCUUUUCUACCAACGAGCAAGAUCACGGAUCGCGUAGCAGCCAGACGGCCGCUAAACAGCUGCAAUGGUUCCAGGAAGAAAUAACCAAACGCAACCUGGUCAAAUCCUUCAAGAUCGCCGAGAGCCGCGAGGCCCUGGUUCGUUUUCUUCGCCUGAACGCUGUUCUUCUCAAAAAUUUGCAAUUCCAGGAGAUCAACCAGGUCGCCAUAUACAAAAUUCUAAAGAAAUUCGAUAAGCGCACAUGCUUGGGGGUCUCGAAGUCCUUCCCGGUGCAGGUGCACUCGGACAAGUUGCUGGCCGGCUCCGUGGCAAAGGACAUCUGCGCUCAAAUGUCCACUGACCUAGUUUCCGUCGUGCCUCAGAUCAGCGAUUACCUGUGCCCCAUUUGUUUUGCCAUCGCGUAUCGGCCCGUCCGCUUGGCCUGCCGGCAUGUAUUCUGCAUCCGAUGCAUCGUCAAGAUUCAACGCCGAAAUGAGAAGCACUGCCCCUUGUGCAGGGCUGAUACCGUCAUGAAAGCCUCUGCAGACAAUUUGGAUAUCCAACUCGAAAGAUACAUGCGAAAGUACUUCCCUAAGGAGGCCAAGGAGAAGCAGCGGGCCAACGAAAUCGAACGAGGUAUCGAGGAUUACGGCCCCGAGUACGUGCAUUCUGAGUGCUCAGUGAUGUAGUUGGGAGUAUGAUGGAGGAUGGAGCGCUAUUUGUUUUGGUUUGGUCUUGUCUAUAGACUUCUCAGAGAUACCCUUGGCAGCUGCAACACGGACUUAAGGCGGUAGCUCAGAGAGACUCCACCUAGUCUCUGCCAUCAUCACUGGCAAGCGUGACUUUUCUGCUUCCCGACACUUCUGUCCACCUAGUUUGCAUGCUUGUGUUCCCACCCCCCC